CGAGUCGGGUAUCGGGUCAGUCGCUCCCGCGGUCCCCGGUGUGCGUUGAGGGACGAGCCAUUGUGUUCUCUCUUGAGAGCUCGUCGUCGAUGAGACGAUGGCGGCAGCAAGGGCGGGGACCUCCCGGGCCAAAGCAGCCCGCAUGGGGAUCGACUACGUACGUGUGCCCAGGCCAAGCGGCUGGGCAACAAUCGCACCUGGCUGUCGGAUAUAUAUGUCUACGAUAGUACAUAAGGACUGUUCCUGCCUUUUGUCCUUCCUCUUGUCUUUCCCUGGUGCUCUGCCCUCUUAACUCUUGAUUUCAGUGUCUUGUGGCAAUCCAUCCUGGUUGUACUGCUUUUUCUGGUCUGUCAAGAUGGGCAACACUGAUAUCGAGGCUGUUCUGCAGUCUCUCACUCUUGAGGAGAAGAUCUCCCUCCUUGCUGGUGCCAAUUUCUGGGAGACUGUCCAGGUACCGGGGAAGGUGCCCAGUGUAAAAACGUCUGAUGGCCCCAAUGGCGCUCGUGGUGCCGACUUUACUGGCGGCACUCCCGCCGCGUGCUUUCCGGCUGCCAGCUGUGUCGCGGCCACCUUCGACACGGCUGCCGCCUUCAAGGUCGGCGAGGCUCUGGCCGACGAGACACACUCGAAAGGUGCGCGCUGCCUGCUCGCACCGACUGUCUGCAUCCACCGCCACCCUCUUGGUGGCCGCAACUUCGAGAGCUUCAGUGAGGAUCCCUUCCUCGCUGGCAAGCUGUCGUCCCAGAUCAUCCAGGGCGUUCAGUCAAAGGGCGUCGCCGCCACCAUCAAGCACUUUGCCGUCAACGAGCAGGAGACGGACCGUUUUACCGUCAACGAGACUGUCAGCGAGCGGGCCCUCCGCGAGAUCUACCUGCGCCCAUUCGAGAUUGCCGUCAAGGAGGCCAAGCCCUGGGCGGUCAUGACCGCCUACAACUGCGUCAACGGCACCCACUGCGACUCGAACGACUUUCUCCUCAAGCAGGUCCUGCGCGGGGACUGGGCCUGGGACGGGCUCGUCAUGUCCGACUGGGGCGGCACCAACAGCACGGCCGACGCCAUCAACUCGGGCCUCGAUCUCGAAAUGCCGGGUCCCACGCUGCGGCGGAAGCCUGCAGAUGUCAUUGCCGCCAUCCAGGCCGGCAAGACUACCAAGGCUGCCGUGGACGAGCGCGUCCGCCGCGUGCUCAAGUUCCUGGACAUACUCAAGGAUCCAGAGACUCCCAAGGAGCAGGCCAUCGACAAGCCCGAGGUCCGCGCCCUGAUCCGCGAGACGGCUGCCCACGGCGCUGUCCUGCUCAAGAACGCCAACCAGGUUCUGCCAUUGUCCAAGGAAAAGGUCAAGGGCAAGAAGAUUGCCGUCCUGGGCCUGGCCAAAACUCCCCUCGCCCACGGCGGCGGCAGCGCCAGUGUCAAUGCACACUACAAGAUCUCACCGUGGGAUGCGCUGCAAUCUGCGCUGGGCGACUCGGCUGAGCUCUCGUUCUCGUCUGCCUUCCACACCCAGCGCCUCCUGUCUCCAAUCAACAAGGACAACACCGAAGUUGGCACGGUCACGGGUCUCGACGGCAAGCCGGGCUGGACGAUUGAGUGGCACGACCUGAAGACAGACGAGGUCGCGAGCACUUCUCACGGCUUUAAUGAGUCGAACUUGCCACUUGGCACUGACGAAGGCUUCGGCAAGGCCAUCAACCUUAUCGCCGACUUCAUCCCAGCAGAGUCGGGCGCGCACUAUAUGGGCUGCACCGGUCUCGGCUCUGCCCACGUGUACAUCAACGACAAGCUCGUCUUCGACCAGGGCGGACCCUGCAAGGACGCGAUGGGCUUCAUCUUCGGCGCCCUGAGCGAGGAGGAAUUCACCUACGACUUCACGGCCGGCGAGAAGUACCGCAUCGUCAUCAAGAGCGACCCGCCCACCGGAAUCAAGGGCCUCGAGCUGCUCAACGACCGGCCCGGCAUCCGCCUGGGCUUCCAGCUCGCGGGCGAGCACGACAAGGAUCUCACCUCGGAGGCCGUCGAAAACGCCAAGAACGCCGACUACGCGCUCAUCUUCACGGGCCACGACCCGAAGUGGGAGACCGAGGGCCAGGACCAGGCUUCCUUCAACCUGCCCAGGCAAGGGUCCCAGGACGCGCUGAUCGCCGCCGUGUCCAAGGUCAACAAGAACGUCGUCGUGGUCAACUCUACUGGCGUGGCCGUCGCGAUGCCCUGGCUCGACGACAUCUCAGGCCUGGUCCAGGCGUGGUUCGGCGGGCAGGAGUGCGGCAACUCGAUCGCCGACGUGCUCACCGGCAAGACCACCCCGGAGGGCAACCUGCCCAUCAGUUUCCCACGGUGCAUCGAGGACGCGCCGGCGCACGGCAAUUUCCCCGGCGAGUAUGACGCGCACGGCCAGCUGCAGGUCACCUACAAGGAGGGCGUGUUUGUCGGGUAUCGCCACUACGACCGCCUCGCGGGUGGUGGUGCCGCCGCCGCCGAGGUGCUCAACUUCCCGUUCGGGUUCGGGCUGUCGUACACCACGUUUGACUUUGGCGAGCUGCGCGUGUCUCCGGCACCUACAUCAUCGUCACCAUUUGGUGCCGAGUACGACAUCUUGGUCGAGGUUAGUAACACUGGCGCCGUCGGGGGCGGCGUGCUGGUGCAGGUCUACGCAGGGCCGAAGGACCCCGCCGCGCACGAGUGUCCCGUCAAGCAGCUCGUCGCGUUCCAAAAGGUCCGGCUGCAGCCUGGCGAGAAGAAGGCCGUCAGCUUGAAGGCGGCAGUGCGGGAUCUGGGGUUCUUUGACGAGACCAAGGGCAAGUGGGUUGUGCCGAAGGGCGGGUACAAGUUCUCCCUGGGCAGGAGCGCGGCCGAGCUGGUGAAGAGCGUCGAGGUCGAGGUCGGGGAGGAGCUGGUGUUUGAUGCUUGA